AUGAUUAAAGUACUUCUGAUUUCUACAGUUUUGCUCCUUUCUCAACACCGAGGGACUGCACGAAGGGAAUUACCUGGGGUGAAGGACUACGAAGUGGUAUAUCCACAAAAACUACACACGUUACAUAAAAGAGAUGUAGCAGGAAACCAAAAUCCCAACAAUGGGGCAAGAUAUGACGACAGGAUGCAAUAUGAAAUUAAAGUCAACGGCGAGAAAGUGAUACUUCAUCUAGAAAAAAAUAAGGAUCUAUUUGCCAAGGACUACUCUGAAACUCAUUACUCACAUGAGGGUCUAGAAGUGACAACAAGCCCUCAGAGCAAGGACCACUGUUUUUACGACGGUCACAUCCAAAAUGAUAAUGACUCAGAAGCAAGCAUCAGUGCCUGCAGUGGUUUGAAAGGAUAUUUCAAGACCCAUGGUCAAAGAUACCUUAUCCAACCCCUGAAGCUCACAGACAGCGAGGAACAUGCAGUCUUUAAAUAUGAAAACCUGGAAGAUGUUGAAGGCCCAAAAACUUGCGGCGUAACCAACACUACCUGGGAAUCAGAAGAUCCUAUCAAAAAGUCCUCUAGAUCCAGCACCAGUCUGGAAAAACGGGAAUACCUGAAAGCAAAGAAGUAUGUCGAAGUCUACAUAGUUGUAGACAAUGCUGCGUAUAGGAAGUACAACCGCAACAUGACGAGUAUAAGAACACGGGUUUUUGAAAUAAUCAAUUACAUCAACAUGGUUUAUAAAGCCAUAAACAUUCACGUGGCUUUGAUUGGUCUAGAAAUCUGGUCAGCUGGGGAUCUGUUCACUGUGAAUUCUUCAGCCGGCACCACCUUGGACAAAUUCUCAACAUGGCGUCAUACGGACCUGCUGAAACGGAAGAAUAAUGACAAUGCUCAGUUACUCACAGCGAUUGACUUUGAUGGGCCAACAGUAGGCCUGGCCUUUGUGGGAACCAUGUGCAGUUCUACUCAUUCCUCAGGCAUUGUUCAGGACCAUAAUUCCAAUCCAAUUUCAAUUGGAGCCACCAUGGCACACGAGAUGGGGCAUAAUUUUGGCAUGAAUCAUGACACUAGCAUCUGCAAAUGCAAUUCUGGAUCUUGUAUCAUGGCAGCACAACUCAGCUACAACAUCCCAAAGGAUUUUACUGCAUGCAGCCUCCAGGAUUUUCAGAAAUACAUUUUGGACCGAACACCAGUAUGCAUCACCAAUAUGCCUGCACUGAAAGACAUAGUAGCACCCCCUGUUUGUGGGAACAACUUUGUAGAGAAAGGAGAAGAAUGUGACUGUGGAACUCCAGAGGAAUGCACAAAUAUCUGCUGUGAAGCUGCAACGUGCAAGCUGAAGCCGAAUGCUAAAUGUGCAUUUGGAGAGUGCUGUGAAAACUGCCAACUUAAAAGAGCAGGGACUCUUUGCCGACCUAUAAAGCAUGACUGUGACCUGCCCGAGCUGUGUACUGGCCGGUCCCACCAGUGCCCAGUGGAUCGAUUCAGAGUCAAUGGAUACCCUUGCAGAGAUGGCCAGGGUUACUGUUACAUGGGGAAAUGCCCCACCCUGCUGAGCCAAUGCAUUGCUCUUUGGGGAUCAGGUGCUACAGUAGCUGUAGACUCUUGUUAUAAGACUAACCAGAACGGAGUUUAUUAUGGACACUGCAAAAAGGCGAACAGCACGUUCAUCCCCUGUGCAAAAAAAGAUAUACAGUGUGGGAAGUUAUUCUGUACUGGUGGUUCACAAAUGCCUACAGCUGGAAACCUACUAUCUUUUGACACAUGUAAAGGCAGUUUUCCUAACGACAAUAAUGAGGACACAGGCAUGGUCGCUGCUGGAACUAAAUGUGGCAAUGGAAUGGUGUGCAGCAAGGGACAAUGUGUUGAUAUCGAGAGAGCCUACAAGUCAACCAACUGUUCCGCCAAGUGCAAUGGCCAUGCUGUGUGUGACCAUGAACUGGUAUGCCAGUGUGAAGAAGGAUGGGCACCGCCCAACUGCGAUAGCUCUACAACAGUUCAAUAUUUCGCCAUCAUUGCCGGUGUGCUAGCUGCCCUUGCCAUCAUUGUGAUAGGCGCUGCUUUAAUCAUCCGCUACCGAAACGCUAAGAAGAAGCAAGCUCAGAGUGGCCAGAGCAGAGGUGUAUCUGGAGAGACAAACCAAGGCUUCUCAGGGCAAGAACAGAAGAGAAGACCAAACGCUGCACCUGUCCAGAAGGUCCACGACACAAGAUUCCUCCUUCCCACUCCUCCACGCCAGGCAAACAAGCCACAAGUCUAUGUUAAUAUCCCAGAGGAGAGAUCCAAUGGCAGGCCAGCGAGCCAUCAAAAUACAAAAAUGCCUAUCGUAAAGCCAACCAUUCCACCACCUCCAGUUCCUACUGCCAAACCAGGCUUUUCUCCUGUCAUGGGCAAUUCUGUAGCACAGACGAAGUCCACUCCUUCACCAGUCCCUAAGGGCAAACCUGCACCCCCACCACAGGCUUUAAAACCACCAGUCAAACCCAGAGUAUGA